AUGCUACUUGACCCAGGGCAAAAGCCCGGUCUAUUCACCAAUGCCUACAUGAGCCGCACCUGUGACUGGGAUAGCGCAUUCUCGGGCUAUGACGCCGCAGUGGACUGGCCAGCGGCUGAAUUUUGGGAGGAGCUUGCGGCGGAGUAUCCUGAUGCUAAAGUUAUAUUGACAAUACGGGAUCCCGAGUCAUGGUACACCUCUGUUUCAAAAACUAUCCAAGAUUGGCCGAUGCGACCGGAUUUAGAAUGGCCAGAGCAAAUGCGGAAGGGUCAGCAGAUGGCGGCCGCGAUUAUCCGCGAUGGGGUGCUGCGAGGUUUUGAUGACAAAGCCGCAAAGAUUACGCAGUUCAAGGAGCAUAUCAAACGAGUGAAGCGAACCAUUCCUGCCCAUCGUCUAUUGGUAAUGGACCCAACGGAGGGCUGGGAGCCACUAUGCGAGUUUCUAGGUGUACCCUCCCCAGUUGAAAUUCCCUACCCUCACAGCAACCGCGGAACAGAUUUCGAGGCGCGAUUGCUGUGGAUUCGACAACAGAUAAUGCAUAAUAAGCAAGAUAGGAUAAAGAGGUGA